AUGCCUCAAAAUCAGGAUCGGAAAGCUUAUGACCCUGCCGGCAAGCUUAUUCCCACCAUCCUUGAUGAGCUUGCUGCAAAUGAGCCAGACAGAGUCUAUGGCACACUGCCAAUGUCUCAAACCGGAUAUGAAUCUGGAACUCGGACGAUCACAUGGCGCAAGCUUGCCAAUGCCGUCAAUGGCAUAGCCAGGUGGAUGACCGAAAACCUUGGUCCGUGUGAGAAUUUCGAGACGAUCUCAUAUAUUGGACCCCACGAUAUGGGCCACCACAUUGUUUGUCUUGCCGCUAUGAAAGCCGGCUACAAGGGCUUGUUUAUAUCUCCUCGAUAUGGAACUGUUGGAUCAGUACGGCUGAUGAAGGAAACGGGAUGCGAAAACCUGUUGGUCUCGCCUCUAGCGGACACUAAAACACGGGAUGCCCUUGUCGCCGAACAUGGCAAUCUACGGUCAUGGACUCUUCCGUCUCUCCUCGAUCUAUUUGAAGUUCAUCAAGACUUCCCAUAUCUCAAGAGCUAUGAAGAGGGUAAAAAUGAUCCUAUGUUUGUGCUCCAUACUUCGGGCACGACGGGCUUUCCUCGACCCAUCUUCUACCCUUACAAAUGGGGUGUGGCUCUCGGCCAACAACGGCACCGAACAGCAAUUUCAGGAUACAAACCUCUAGAGUCCACCUGGAUGGGUAAACGGAUUGUUAGCACCACGCCUCCUUUUCACAUCUCUUUUUUUUUGGUCGGUGUGAUUUUGCCAUUCUAUAGUGAAGCUACCAUCAUCUACCCGCCAGCCACAAUGCCUCCAACCGCAAAGACAAUCGCCCAUGUUGCCGAGCACCUACCAAUAGACAUUGUUUCCUUCCUGCCAAACAACGUGGAAGACCUUGGCUCAGAUAUCAAUCUCCAAGAGACGUUUAUUAAGGCAGGAAUCAAGUCUAUCAUCUGGGGAGGUGGGCCGGUAGCCCAAAAACCCGGAGCUGCGGUCGCAAAGCUCUUCAAUCUGUUCACCACAAUGGGCUCCAGUGAGGAUGGCAUAUGGCAGGCGAUUCGUCGAGAGAAGAAUUGGGACUCGUACCCAUUUAAUGGCAUGACCUUUCAUCCGGACCAUAACAUCGAAUUCCGUGAUCAGGGUGACGGCUUGUAUCUCGCUGUCAUAGUGAGAAACUCGGAUCCCCAAAAGAUACAACCGGUGUUUUGUCUCUUCCCCAACUUAACGGAAUACAAUACCAAAGACCUAUUUCGACGCCACUCGGGCUCUGGAAUAGACAGUGUGUGGUUCUAUCAUGGCCGCACUGAUGAUAUGUUGAUCUUCCCAACCGGGUUCAAGUGGUUCCCAGGAACCUCGGAGGAACACAUUCAGACAGGCCAUCGAGAUCUGUUUGAAAAAGUUCUCAUUACAGUUACAGGGAACAAUGUGGUAGUUUUGUUAGAGCCUACGGCCGCUCUUCGCCAGCAGAUGGAUCGAGCUCAACAGAGCGAAGACAAAGAAGCACUUAACGAACUACGUAACACGACUUUGGACCAGAUUUGGCCCACAGUGGAGGAUUUGCAACGAACUUGCCCGUCCGUUGUUUGCUUUACCAGAAGCCGAUUCAUCUUCACGGAUGCCGAUCGUCCCUUGCUCAGAACUGCUAAAGGCACUAUUCGACGCAAGGUAUCGGAGGAACUGUACAAAGACCAGAUUGAAGCUGCAUAUGGUCCCGAGAAGCAAGAGGUAUAUUGA